UUCCACGCGCCUGUGGUGCUAUAGAUGGACAAAGUUUAACACAGUCAAGCUGCCAAUUCCUCUCCUCUGUUGCAAAGAGGCAAAGAGGAAGAAGAGAUAUGACGGAAUACGAUGAUCGCAGCUGUGCGUCAAAUAUGUAUUUACCGAGCUGUACUUAUUACGUUUCGACGCCCGAUUUUACAUCAGUCUCCUCCUUUUUACCGCAGACUACUUCGUGUCAGAUUAAUUUCCCCUAUUCUCCCAACAUAGCCCAAGUCCAACCUGUCCGAGAAGUCGCUUUCAGGGAUUAUGGACUGGACCAUCCCAGCAAAUGGCACUACAGGGGCAAUUACGCUUCUUACUACUCAACGGACGAGAUAAUGCAUCGGGACUUGAUCCAGUCCACCAGCAGCAGGGCGGAUGUGAUAUUCAAAAACGAGUCGUUGUACGGCCACCACGGGGGGACGAGCUCGCCGUGCAAUUUCUUCACCGGUGUCGGCCGAAAUGGGGUUCUCCCACAGGGCUUUGACCAGUUUUUGGACAAUCCUAACUCGGACAAGCCCAACGCGGAGCUCCCCAAACAAAAGACAGACUCUGCUGCUCCCGGAGAUGCUGCGAAUAACAAUCAGGCUUUAAGCAAACUAGAGCAGCACAAAGCUGACCCGAGCGGGAGCGCCGACGAGGACUCAUCCUCCAACUGCGGCGACAAGAACAACAAGCAACAGAGUUCAUCAACCAAGUCCAGGAAGAAGAGGUGUCCUUACACCAAAUACCAGAUCCGAGAACUUGAACGAGAGUUUUUCUUCAACGUGUACAUUAACAAAGAGAAGCGACUUCAGCUGUCCAGGAUGUUAAACCUGUCCGAUCGGCAGGUGAAGAUUUGGUUUCAGAACAGAAGAAUGAAAGAGAAAAAGCUGAACCGCGACCGCCUUCAGUAUUUUACUGGGAAUCCUUUAUUCUGAUACCUGACAUUACACACACACACACACACACACACACACACACACACACACACACACACACACACACACACACACACAUAUUUUAAAGACUGGUCUCCUCUGCAUAUUUGAAUCCUCGUAAUCCUGUCUAAAAAGUUCAUUUUACCUAAUUUUGGCAUUUGCAGAUGCCUUAUUUUUACAAACAAUUUCUGCAUCUAUUUAUUUGUGUUCACAUAUUUUCGCGUUAUUGGCAACAAAUAUUCCAGCAAAGCGCGAGCUGUGCUUUGAAAUUAUUUAUAUAAAAUAUAUGUAGGCUUCUUCCUUGUGAAAUGUCCAUUUAUACGUCGCAUGUAAUGCACGUUGUGGUGUGAAAUAAAGUAGACACGACAAAUGUUUUAUGAUAGUCACGAAACUUGUCACAUGAACUUAUCCACAACUAACAAAAACAACACGAGAAAAGGUUUUUUUUUUUUUACUUCUAAAGAUUCAUCAAUGGAGAAAUUUGGCGCUUGCAGGCCUGUAUAAUCCUGUUAUUUCCUCUGCUUU